UAUUUAUUUAUCGUGGCAAAUUUUUUUGUUUUUAUUCAACAUGCGUUGCUAUUACGAGGAAUUGUGUAUACCACGCGAUUCUAAUGAUUCAGAUAUCAAGACAGCCUACAGGAAAUUGGCAUUAAAAUGGCAUCCAGACAAGAAUCCUGAUUGUCUGGCAGAGGCAAAGGAGAAAUUUCAGCUCAUUCAACAAGCUUAUGAGGUGCUCUCUGAUGCACAAGAGCGAGCUUGGUAUGACAAUCAUCGGGAACAGAUCUUGCGGGGUAAGAACUCCGAGUAUUCAGAAAAAUGCUUGGAUGUCUUUCAGUUUUUCACCAGCUCAUGUUAUAAGGGCUAUGGAGACGAUGACCAAAGCUUCUAUAGUGUGUAUCGAGAGGUUUUCGUCAAGAUUGCCUUGGAGGAUCAAGAAUUUACAAACGAUUUAGAUGGCUUGGAUUUAGCGCCAGAGUUUGGAUAUGCAAAUAGUAGCUAUGAGGAUGUGGUGGGACCCUUUUAUGCAUAUUGGCAGGCCUAUACCACCAAAAAGACAUACGAAUGGCUGUGUCCCUAUGAUGUUAGAGAGAUUAAGGAGCGUUUCAUUCUUCGCAAAGUGGAAAAGGAGAUGAAGAAAAUUGUACAAGCUGCACGAAAAGACAGGAGUGAAGAGGUACGCAAUUUGGUUUCGUUUGUGCGCAAACGAGACCGUCGAGUCCAGGCAUAUAGACAAAUCCUAGAGGAGCGAGCAGAGGCCAACCGGCUGAAGCAGGAGGAAAAACGCAAGGAGCAGCUAAGAAAGCGUCAACAAGAACUGGCCGAGAUUAAGAAGAAUAAAGUUGUCAAUGAGGGCUACGAGGAACAAUUGAAGCAAUUAGAACAGCAAUACGGCAGUGAGACAGAUGAAUAUACGGAUGAGGAUGACGACGAAGCUGAAGAUGGUAGCGACGAUGAUUCCAAUGCAGAUAACGAUGAUGAUAAUGAGGAAGUGGAGUUGGAGUAUGUAGACGAUUUAUAUUGUGUGGCUUGCAACAAAUCCUUUAAGAAUGCAAAAGCUAGAGCGAAUCAUGAGGAAAGCAAAAAGCAUCGAGAAAAUGUUGAACGUCUGUGUAAGGAAAUGGAAAAUGAGGAAGAUGCCUAUCAACAAAUGGAAGACUCUUUAGAUGAUCUUCAACUUAACGGUGAUCAUGAAGAGGAUGCGAAGGAGGAGGAUGCAGAAGCGGAUGAAAUAGAAGUGGAAGAGGAAAUAUCAAUAAGUAAACGUGAUAAAAAAUCUAAAAAAUCCAAAAAAGUCUCUUCAAAGUUGUUAACCGAAGAGGACAUUGAUGACCAUCCCGAUUUCAAUGCUCUUAAAAGCGAAUCCGAAAAUGAAGACGAUUGGAAUAAUAAAGGAAAGAAAUCUGCCAAGAAAACCAGAGGCAAGAAAUCCAACAUCAGUAAACCUAAGGAAGAGCCGAUCACUGCAACAAAAGCGACAGAUGAGAUAACAUCCGCUCCUGCUACCAAAUUAGCACCCGCCGCUGCCGAUUCUACUGACCCAACCAUAAGUCCUCAACACACCUGUGUCACCUGCCGUCUCGCAUUCGAUUCGAAAAACAAACUAUUUGCACAUCUCAAAAAGACAAACCAUGGUGUCUACAUACCCAAGGACAAACCAGUUGUCGAGGGUAAACCACCAAAAACAAAAGCCGCCGCCAAAAGAGGAGGCAAGGGCAACAAAUAGAAUUGAAUAUACAAAAAACUGUUUAUAUUUAUAUUACUCUAGAGUUUAACGUUUAAAAUGGAGAAUUAAAUUAAGCAAGUUGUAAAUGAGAA